CGGCAGUUCAGGGGACUAGACUCAAGCUUCGGAGCUCUGGUAUCGUUUGCCCAUCUCUAGGAGGAUCUAAUGAGAUGGACAACAUAGUGAAGGACAGGAGGGACGAACCACAGACCGACUUCAUCUACUGUGAUGGAGCCAUCACUGAGGUUCUAAAAUGUGGCUCUUGUCAGUUACACUCUGGACACAAGGUGCUUUUUCUAAUCAUUCCAGGUAACCCAGGUCUAGUGGGCUUCUACAGAACCUUUAUACAAACUCACAGUAUGUUUGAAUACCACUACCCAGUGUGGGCUGUAAGCCACGCUGGCCACUGUGUAACACCAGACUCCAUGGACAUGGUAGAAGAUGUCUCCUCAGCAGCAGAGCGUGAUGUUUUUGGUCUGAAUGGGCAGAUUGAACACAAGCUGGCCUUCAUCAGGAGACAUGUUCCCAGUGAAACCAGCCUGGUGCUGGUGGGACACUCCAUUGGCUGCUACAUUAUUCUGGACAUCAUGAAAAGAAAUCCUGAACUUAAGAUUAUCAAAGCCAUCAUGCUGUUUCCCACUAUCGAGCGUAUGGCUGAGACUCCUCAGGGGAAAGUCAUGACCCCUGUGCUGUGUCAAAUGCGUUAUUUGGCCUACCUGCCUCUCUUCCUGCUCUCUCUGCUGCCCGAGGGUCUCAAAGCCUGCCUGAUCAAACUGGUGUUUGGCAGCAUCCGGUCUCUGGACCACACUGUAGUCCAACCUACUGUAGGUCUACUCGAUGGAGACUGUGCAGUUAAUGCUAUGUACAUGGGGGGUCAAGAAAUGAGGAAAGUUCUGGAAAGAGACAACAUCACCAUCAAGAAAAACCUUGAAAAGCUCAUAUUUUAUUAUGGAGCUUCAGACCACUGGUGCCCUGUUCAGUAUUAUCAUGACAUAAAGAUGGACUUCCCACAUGGACAUUUCAGACUGUGUGAGAACGGGUUCCGCCACGCCUUUGUCCUGGAUGCAGGAAAAGAAGUUGCCAGAAUGGUAUUUGAAUGGAUCAGUGGAAGUUUGAGGACAUGAGUUUAUUGUUGUCUUUUUCUCUGCUUCUCGGCCUGUCUGACAUGGACUCCCAUGGAUAGCUUUCUGAUCAACAGAGAUGAUGGAAUUCAAACUGAGAAUGCAUGCUCGGUUCUUAAGGAAUGUCAAAUAUUAUUAAAUGUUUUAUUUUCAUUCAUAUAAUUGUAUUAUGUUUAUUUUCUACUGCCCCAAAUCACCAAUUACAAAUUAAUUUACAAUUUGUAUACAUACGAUGUCCUCUGUCCUGGGACCUCAAACAGAAAAAACUCCCCCAAAAACUGGGAGAAAGGGGGAAGAAACCUUUUGCGAGCGCAAUAGAGGAGGAUCCCUCUAUUGGGAUCGACAGAAGUACAAUAAUUACAGUGUGUGUCUGUAUAUAAUGAUGUACUGAGGUUCAUAUUCAUCUUUGUGGUGGCUGUGUUGUGUCAAUGCUACUAUGCUGUGAAACCUCAUCAGAUUGUAAUGGAAUCUGAUUGAGAAUGUGAUUAACCAUUUAGCCACAAAGGGCUCCAAGCACAAAGUUCCAGGCAUAAAAACACUGCCACACGCUCUCAGUUCAACAUGCUGGUGCUUGGUCAGGACCCUCGGGUCACAUUUUAACAUACUGGGUAGCCUAGCAUUUCAAACUGACACUCCACUAGUCAGUCAACACGUAAUUAACGCUGUGAAUUCAAACUACAUGCUGAGGUUUUUAGUCAAGUUUAGGACAACCAGCAUGGUUGGGUUUGCCCUAUCUACAAAAUCUAAGUAAGAAUGCAACAUAAGUGCAGAAAACAUGUCACAAACAUGUCUAACUUAACUUCUAAAUAACUUUGGCAACACUUGGUGACUGGGACAGCAGACACUGGGAAUGAGAACUGGCUGGGAUUAAUAACAAAGUAUGAAAAUCAGACUUUUUUUUCUUCCCUUUUGAACAGCUUGUCCUCAAAGCUGUGACUCUUUACACUUGCAUACAUUUAAUACACAAUUAUCUUUUGUCAAUGGGGUUUCACUUCCUGUCCUUCGGACUAUUAUCAACAAAUGGACUUCUGUUUUUAUUUUUUCAGAUUAUGAUACUCUAAAUAAACUAGAUUGUUUUACUAUGAGCAAUCAGUUGAAAAGUUAAGAUGGGAAAUAGUUGAGCUGUAAUUUCACCGCUCCUUCUUUUUCAGUCCCGAUAGCGACCCCUGGGCUUUCGGUGUCAACCAAUAAAUAAGUACUGAUCAGACACCAAUCAGCUGUAUGCCUCUGAUUGGAAGAGACUGCGAUCAUUCUGUAAUAACUCAAACAUUGCUUUCCUAACAUUGUAAAACAAAUAAAUACAUGGACAUAGA